AAGAGUCCUAGCUCUGUCAGCCUGAGCUUUCCAUAUUGUGAGACUCUCAUUUGAUAGAAUUCUUGAGCCCCCAGUGGGGAGGUCCAGCUCAGUUCUUCCUGGGGACAGGCAGCCUCAGUAAGACAUGGUUUGGUUUGGGUGGGGGCAGGGCUGAGGGAUGGCGGUGGAUAAGGGUAUGUGAGAGACUACUGAGAGGUGCAAGGAGAUCUUAGGAGACAUGGAGGUAGAUGUAGGGGCCAGCAGGAGAGCAUGGCCAGAGGGCCACAGGGCAGGACUCAGACAAGAGAAAACAGGAGACUGAAACACGGAGAGGGGGAGAGGACAGUGGACAAAACGUGAGAUGGCAACGGGGGCAGUGGAGAGCUGGGUAGCAGGAAGACCAAGGAGGAAGGAAGGCUAACAUGGAGCAAUCUCCUCUUCCGGAUGUACAGCGUGGUCCAGAAAGCCCCAGGCAAAGCCGGGAGCAGAGCAAGGUUCCAGAUUCCCACUGGACCGAUUCAGCUGGGGGAGAACCACCCCUCCUCCCAGUUACCCACCUCCCCUGCUUCUUCAGGCUCCUAUUUCGUUUGGGGGAGAGGGCAAGGCUGCUCCUCACUGCGGUCAGAGCCACAUCCUGCAGAGCAGGGGAGGGGGAAGUAAGAAGCAAGACAAGCAGAACCACCACAGGCGAAGACCACGGGGAGAGCGCCCUGGAUACUUGCAGCUGAUGUGCCGCCAGGAGGUCCUCAGCACAGUCCCAGCAGAGGACCUGAGACCUCUAGGGCUGUCUUGAGGAAUCAUGGAGUCCUUCAGUUCAAAGAGUCUGGUGCUGCAAGCGGAGAAGAAGCUGCUGAGUAAGAUGGCAGGUCGAUCUGUGGCUCAUCUCUUCGUCGAUGAGACGAGCAGCGAGGUGCUAGACGAGCUCUACCGUGUGUCCAAAGAAUACACACACAGCAGGCCCCAGGCCCAGCGGGUUAUCAAGGACCUGAUCAAGGUGGCCGUCAAGGUGGCCGUGCUGCACCGCAGUGGCUGCUUCAGCCCCAGCGAGCUGGCCUUGGCUACCCGCUUUCGCCAGAAGCUGCGGCAGGGCGCCAUGACCGCACUCAGCUUCGGCGAGGUGGACUUCACCUUUGAGGCUGCUGUGCUGGCCGGCCUGCUGACCGAGUGCCGGGAUGUGCUGCUGGAACUGGUGGAGCGCCACCUCACACCCAAGUCACAUGGCCGCAUCCGCCACGUGUUUGAUCACUUCUCUGACCCAGGCCUGCUCACGGCCCUCUAUGGGCCUGACUACACUCAGCACCUUGGCAAGAUCUGUGAUGGGCUCAGGAAGCUGCUGGAUGAGGGGAAGCUCUGAGAACCCUGACCCCGGCCCGUUCCUUCUUGGCAAAAUGGCUGACUGAGAAAAAAACAGAUAAUGGGCUUUCUAACCCGCUCAUCUGCACUAAUGCUUUUCAACCCUCAGGUUUCAGUCUUUCCCAAGAGUGCCUGUGACUCUGAGACCACCCCGUGCCCAACUGCUGGUGGAGAAGAAGCGAUGCUGAGGGUUGAGGCCUCUCUCCUACUCCAGCCCCAAGACAGGAAACAAAACUGCCUGAAAAAGAUGAAGCGAAACUUGGAUCUCUAUUUUCCCCACAAGGGACCUUUCAAACAGGGAAGCCCCCUCCCCUCAGAACCAGGGGAAGAGGGCGUAGCCCAUCUCACUCCUCUGGGGACACUAAAGACAGGCGGCGCAGGGAGCCUUUAGAGAUAUCCUAGACCUUCAGUUCUAGGCGGAGUCUGGACAGAUACCAGAGACUCUGCUCCAGAGGGCAGGAAGAAGGGGCUAGGGCAGGGGAGAGUCUCACAGAGGAAAUAAAACUAUUAAAACAUG